AUGGCAAACUCAAAUUACGAUGGCAGCGAGAAGAAUAUUUUUGAGGAGGAAUUAGAGGAAGAAAAUGUCAUUCUCACAUUGGUUCCAGUUAAUGAGGAAACUAAUGGAGAACGUCAAAUGGAAUCAAGUGUUUCUUCAACUUCAGAAGUCAACCCGAAGACCCCUAGGACAAAUGAUAAAGUUCAUCUUCCUCAAACGAAUGAACAAUUCAAAACUUGCCCCAAACCUAGUCGUAAUGUACCAAUCCUUCCCUUGCCGGCCAUUUUGCCUCCGAUUAAUAAAGUGCGUCGGGACACUUUGCGGAAUUGGUGCCAACAAUUGAGUUUGAGUACCGAUGGCGAGAAAAUAGAGGUAUAUCUGAGACUCCAGGAACAUGCUUACUCUGAAAAAAAACAGAAUGUUCCUGAAACAUCACAGGAGGCCCGAUUGCAGUCAUGUUCGAGGAAAUGCAAGAUGGAGACCAAGAGAGCAAGGGUUAGGAAAAGUAAGAAGAGUGAGAGAGAGGAAGGGACUAAUACAGUUGAAGUGAUCACUUCAGCGCAGGAAGCCAUGUUGGCAGCAUGGGCAAGAAUUGCUGCCAGAGCCGUUCAACCGAAGGCUAUGAAUUCUCGUCCCAUUCCUACUUCUGCCGAGACCUUUCUGCCACAAGCCUCUGGUGUCAGGUGGUGUGUGGUCCAUGGCAGACCUCUCUGGGCAGACACACAGGGUUGGGUUCGCCUGCACUUCCGUGCAGGUCAGACCUGGGUACCCGACACUCCCAGAAAGAUGGUCUCCCUCUUCUUGCUACCAGCCUGCACGUUCCCACCCCCAGACCUAGAAGAUAAUAUGUUAUGUCCUGAGUGCGCUCAGAGGAAUAGAAAGAUGAUGAGGAGAUUCAAUACAAUGAAGAAAAAGAAGCAAUCUGGUGUGAACGCGUCGUUCCUUUUGAAUGGGCCAUGUCUUAAUAAAGAAUGA